CGUCGAUGUCACAACUCCAUAAUGAAUCCGCCGUUAAUUUCAGACACCUCAACACCAGAAGAACGAAUUUCUCCCUGAUUGACCCUCUCGACGUCUGCUAGGUCGUACGCGCGCCCCUCAGCUUUGGUGUGUAAUAUUGAACUCCACCCCGAAAAUCCCGACAUCGUCCACUCCGAGCUCCAUGGCUUAGGUUACCCAUUGCACCGCCUGCGCUCUUCACCAAAGCCUCAAUGGCGUCGCCUCAAGACUCGAGCGCGCAUGCGACGUUCAAAUUCCCGCCCUUCCAGCCUGAUCUGCUCCCGGCCCACCCAGAGGAGCCGCCGUUCGGGCUCAGCUCCUCGCGGUCACCAAGUCCCAAUCGGGCAGCGCAACCGCAGUCGAGCGCGUCUUCCGAUCGAUGGCAGCCGCGCAAGGAGUCGAGAUAUGCGUACAUGAAUGGCUCGACCCAUGCUCCCGCUACCAGACAUGGCAGGCAGAAGAGUCUGAGUGAAGCAAUUAGGACAAUACGAACGAGGAGAGCGAGCGUCAGCCAGAACGCUGCCGAGAUUGCCGACGCGCUGAAGGUCCCGCUAUCUCCAAGGCUGAUUAUACUCUGCGGCGUCUGGUACAUGACCUCCAUCUUCACGAACACGUCCUCGAAAGCCAUCCUCACUGCGCUCCCGAACCCCGUCACUCUCACACUAAUUCAAUUCGCCUUUGUAUCGUCCUGGUGCCUCUUCCUUGCCGCUCUUGCCAAAAGAUAUCCCCGCCUGAAAGCUUCCAUACCAGUGCUGAAAUGGGGCAUCCGGUCUCCCAGCAAGGAGCUUAUCAUGACAACUCUUCCGCUUACCCUCUUCCAAAUCGGGGGACACAUUUUAAGCUCCGACGCCACCAGGAGGAUUCCCGUCUCCCUUGUCCACACUAUCAAAGGCCUCUCCCCUCUCCUCACCGUAAUGGCGUACCGACUCUACUUCCAAAUCGAAUACUCCAUCCCCACCUAUCUGUCGUUGAUCCCCCUCACCCUCGGCGUAGUGAUGGCCUGCUCCGCCGACUUCAAUGCAAACUUCAUGGGCCUCCUCAUGGCAUUCGCUAGCGCCAUCCUCUUCGUAACUCAAAACAUCGUCUCGAAACAAAUCUUCAACGACGCCGCCGCUGCAGAAAAGGAAGGUCUCCCUCCCACCAAGUUCUCCAAACCUGACAAGCUCAACCUCCUGUGCUAUUCAUCUGGGCUCGCCUUCAUCUUCACAUUCCCCAUCUGGCUCUGGUCCGAAGGCUUCACGCUCAUGGGCGACUUCCUCCAAGAUGCCUCUAUCGAUCUCUCCAAUCGUCCCGGCAGCCUCGACCAUGGCCGCCUCGCCCUCGAAUUCCUCUUCAAUGGGACCUUCCACUUCGGUCAAAACAUCGUUGCCUUCGUCCUCCUCUCCAUGGUCUCCCCAGUCACCUACUCCGUCGCCUCCCUCAUAAAACGUGUGUUCGUCAUCGUCUUCGCCAUUUUCUGGUUUGGCAACCCAAUAACCCGAAUCCAAGGCUUCGGCGUCGCCCUCACAUUCCUAGGUCUAUACCUUUACGACCGAACGAGCGAUGCCGCGAAGGCGGACAAACUUGCUAGAGCCCUACGCAGCAAACAACAAGGCACCUUACUCCCCCUCACAACAGACAAGCUGACCCGUCCCGCUUUCACCGCUUCUCCGACAGUCGUGUCUGCUGGCACAGGCGCAUACCCCAUUUCCAAUGGCUCCCUCGAACCGCGCGAUGAGAAGAAACACGACGAUGUGGGGCUAGGCAGAUAUGGGGCUUCCAACCAGCAACCAAGCUGGCUACCACCCGGCACAAAGCAGGAAGAAACAUGGCGGCCCAAUGGUAUUACUGGGCGGCCUAAUGGUUUGGGGGUUACGUAUGGUUAACUCAACUUUAAUUUUUUCAUUUCAUCUCUCUUUCCAUUCUAAGUUCAUUGAGACAAGUGUC